UGGCGGACUCUGCGCCCGGAGCCCCGCCCGCGGGGGCGGCUGUCACCCGCGGCUGCGCCGCAGUUCCCCUCCGGCAGCGCGGGAGUCAACACCAGCUGAUUUUCUCGUUGUGUAACCGCUUAAAAACAACCACCAUGUCUUUGAGAAACGGAGAAGCUGUGAGUAAGGAAACCUGGGAUUCACACAACAAGAUGAUGGUGGAGCCUCUGGCCAUCUGUGACUCAGAGGUGUUCUCCAUCAUCAAAAAAGAGAAGCAGAGGCAGACGUACGGCUUGGAGCUGAUCGCCUCCGAGAACUUUGCCAGCAGAGCCGUUCUUGAGGCUCUGGGUUCCUGCAUGAACAACAAGUACUCCGAGGGCUACCCCGGGCAGAGGUACUAUGGUGGUACGGAGCACGUUGAUGUGCUGGAAAGACUCUGUCAGCGGAGAGCACUCGAGGCCUUCGGCCUGAACUCUGAGAAAUGGGGAGUCAAUGUGCAGCCGUACUCAGGUUCCCCAGCUAACUUCGCUGUGUACACGGCCAUUGUGGAGCCGCACGGUCGGAUCAUGGGGCUGGACCUUCCUGACGGAGGUCACCUGACUCACGGCUUCAUGACCGAUAAGAAGAAGAUCUCCGCAACAUCCAUCUUCUUUGAGUCCAUGCCAUACAAGGUGAAUCCAGAAACUGGCUACAUCGACUAUGACAGACUGCAAGAAAAUGCUCGGCUCUUCCACCCCAGGCUCAUCAUUGCAGGAACCAGCUGCUACUCCCGUAACCUCGACUACGCUCGCCUGAAGCAGAUUGCUACUGAGAAUGGUGCCUACCUGAUGGGAGACAUGGCCCACAUCAGUGGGAUUGUUGCUGCCGGACUCGUGCCUUCACCCUUUGAGUACUGUGACAUUGUUUCCACGACGACUCACAAAACGCUUCGCGGCUGCCGCGCUGGACUUAUCUUCUAUAGGAAGGGCGUGCGGAGUGUGGAUGCCAAAGGAAAGGAGACUCUGUUCAACCUGGAGUCUUUGAUAAACCAGGCUGUGUUUCCAGGACUGCAGGGAGGACCACACAACCAUGCCAUUGCUGGCGUGGCCGUGGCUCUGAAACAAGCCAUGACUCCGGAGUUCAAGGCCUACCAGGUGCAGACUCUUGCAAACUGUAAAGCUCUUUCCAGUGCUCUUAUCGACCACGGCUACAAGAUUGUUACAGGCGGUUCAGACAACCAUCUGAUCCUGCUGGACCUGCGCAACAAAGCAAGUGAUGGAGGACGAGCUGAGAAGGUUUUGGAGGCUUGUGCCAUCGCCUGCAAUAAGAACACCUGUCCAGGAGAUAAAAGCGCUUUGCGUCCCAGCGGUUUGAGGUUUGGUUCUCCAGCUCUGACCUCCAGAGGGUUGGUGGAGGAAGACUUCAAGAAGGUGGCUCACUUCAUUCACAGAGGCAUUGAGCUGACUUUGGAGGUGCAGAGGAGCAUGGAACCCAAAGCCACUCUGAAGGAGUUCGUCCAGACUCUGGCCCAGGCCGAGAAGUUUCAGCAGCGGGUGGCUGAGAUCCGGACGGAGGUGGAGGCGUUCGCCGGGCGCUUCCCCAUGCCUGGCCUGCCUGAGCUGUAGAGGACGGCGGCUCACACACUGUAUCGGGAAGACAAACGUGACAAAGAAGAUCCGGGAGUGCCGAGCAGCUCCCAUCUCACAUCCAACCAGAAUGGACCAAGUUCCUCUCCUGACCCCUCGGCUGGUCUCCUCAGUUCCAGAUGUUUAUGAACUGCUGGGAGAAGGAGCGCACAUGUUUGAUUUUCUCUCGUGAAAAACAUCUGGUUUACGAGUUUUGCAAAUAAUUUCAUUCAUAAUUUCUUUCUAAUGAAACUACUGCAGCUUUAAGUGCAAAGAAAGUUUAAAAUGUUAACAUUUCAAAUGUAUGUGUUGCAUGUUUGUAAAUUAUAAUUUGAAUAAACCAAUUUUGUUGCUUUUAAUAAAAUUAACUAAACUA